CACACACACUGCCGUACGACGUUAAUCUCUCAACUGGCUGGAGGAAACUUAAUUUAUUCGUUACCCUGGAAAACAAAAACAACAACGGGAGGCUUCGAGCCGAGCGACGAGCCUCGAACACAAGUCGGACAUGAGCGAGGAGAUUGUAUGCAAUAGCCAUUCAGUCACUGUCUUAAGCUGCACCAAGUCCAUAUCUCCAGUUCACGAUGAAAAGACGAUCCAGCUGACACAGGAGGGGAGGUGCUCUCCGAUAUGCUGCCAGCAGAAUGAUGCCCAGAGGCAGGGAGAGGGCAGGAGAACAAAUAUCAUCAGCGCCACACCAAAAGACUCACAGACUGAUUUCCCGGAGAUGGAGAGCAGCUACAGCCAGUGUUUACCCUGCUGGUCAGAUGAACAGCGCUACCGCACUCAGACCUGCCUCCGUUCCCCGACCGAGCUCGCCAUGCCCCGCAGCAACAGCUUAUCUCACACUCCGCUCCACGCCAACAACAACGGCAGCGCUCUCCACGGCCACCAGAGGAGAGGAGUCCGCCUCAAGGUCAAAGGAAAGAAAUCCACGCUAAGAAUUGCAGGAGGGAAAAACUCCCAAAACCGAAAAGUUACUGACUACUAUCCAAUAAGACGAAGCUCCAGAAAGAGUAAAACAGAACUUAAGUGUGAAGAAAAGAAACACAUAGACGAUCUCAUCACAAAGGGAAUAGAGGAAGGAAUGGAGGUGCAGCAGAUAGAAGGAAAGGGGAGAGCGGUGUUUGCCACUCGGUGUUUCCGGAAAGGCGAGUAUGUGGUGGAGUACCACGGAGACCUGCUGCAGAUCACCGACGCCAAAAAGAGGGAGGCCGAAUACGCUCUGAACCCCGCCACUGGCUGCUACAUGUACUACUUCCAGUACCUCUGCAAAACUUACUGUGUGGACGCCACAAAAGAGACCGGUCGAAUGGGUAGGUUGAUAAAUCACAGUAAAAAUGGAAACUGCCAAACCAAACUCCACGACAUCAACGGGGUCCCUCACCUCAUCCUCGUUGCCUCUCGAGACAUUGACGAGGGCGAGGAGUUGCUCUAUGACUAUGGAGACCGCAGCAAAGCCUCCAUCGCAGCUCACCCGUGGCUCAAAUACUGAUCGGAGGAAACAAAACAAAAAAAGGAAAAGGGAAACGUAACAGUAACACUUGUGUUUCUCAUUAGCUAGUGUACAAAAUGCCUUAGAAACAGAA